AAACCACACACUCAUCACCGACCGGAACGGAGAACGGCGAGGGAGAGCGAUGGCGGCUCAGGCUGACACCAUUGAGGUGCCCACGGACGCUGAGCUGCUGCAGGCACAGGCUGACCUGUGGCGCCACAGCCUCUACUACCUGUCCUCCAUGGGGCUCCGCUGCGCCGUCCAGCUUCAGAUCCCCACCACCAUCCACCGCCUCGGCGGCGUGGCCUUGCUCGCCGACCUGAUGGCCGCGUUGUCCCUUCCAUCGGUGAAGAUGCCGUUCCUCCACCGGCUCAUGCGCGUGCUCGUCACGUCGGGCGUCUUCGCAGCGGACAAAGACUCCGAGUCCGGCGGGGAGCUCUACCGCCUCACCCCGCUGUCCCGCAUCCUGGUGGACGGUGUCACGGAUGAGCACCACAGCCAAAAGUAUUUCGUGCUCGCCGUGACCGCGCCGCAUUGCGCAGAGGCUGCGCUGGGGCUGGCGGACUGGUUCAAGAAGGAUCUUGAGCCACCAGUGCCGUCUCCCUUCGAGGACAUGCAUGGCGCACCUGUCUUUGAUGAGAGAACACCCCUCAUGGACGAAGAGUUUGACGCCGUUGCCAAUGAAGGGUUGGCUGCCCAUGACAACUUGGGGAUCGCCACCAUAUUGCGGGAGUGCGGCGACAUCUUCAAGGGGCUCGAGUCCCUGACUGACUGCUGCGGUGGCGAUGGUACGACGGCGAGGGCCCUCGUCAAGGCUUAUCCGCACAUCAAGUGCACCGUGUUGGACCUUCCGAAGGUGAUCGACAAAGCCCCAAAGGAUGGUGUCGUUAACUAUGUAGCGGGUGACCUGUUCCACACCGUCCCAUCUUCUCAAGCCGUCAUGCUUAAGCUUGUGCUACACUUUUGGAGCGAUGAGGAUUGCGUGAAAAUCUUAACCCAGUGCAAGAAGGCCAUUCCUCCGCACGACGAGGGAGGAAAGAUAAUUAUCAUAGACAUUGUGAUUGGACCAUCCUUAGGGCCAAUAAUGUUUGAAGCCCAACUCCUGAUGGAUAUGCUCAUGAUGGUGACAACAAGAGGGGUCCAACGGAGUGAAAAUGACUGGCGCAAGCUAUUCAUGGAAGCAGGGUUCAAAGACUAUAAAAUUGUGAAGAAACUGGGAGCUCGAUGCGUUAUCGAGGUCUACCCAUAAGAUGUUGUGCUCUAAGGAUAUGAAUAAAGAGAGGUGUUUGCUUUU